GACCUCGCGAUGCGAGGCGAUCACGCUACAGCGGAGUUGUCCGCUCAAACAUUUGAAGGAACAACAAUAAGUUACGGAGGACGUUUUUAAAAUCGACAAAUUAUUAUCAUUCUCAUCUGUACUUAAGCGGGCAAAGAAGUGCAGCAAAGUCGUUGAAAUUGCGAUGCGAUUCGUACCGCCCGGAGAUUAUUGCAUGACAAAAGAAAAAAAAAAAAAAAAGAAUAGGUGGUAAAGAACAAACUGUGUUAGAGCCUCGGGGCGAACGCCAAGAGCCAACUUAUUAUACGUUCGCGUAGAGCUUUCACUUCUCUUAUGCUCGAGGCAGAUAAAUCUAUCCCUAGAAAAAGGUAUCUUGCACCAGGGAAACUUAUACGAGCGAAUUACAAAGAAAAAAAAAAAAAAACAACCGAGCGUUAUAUCUGGACACCUGAUGGGGUAUACGUGAGAUCAAAUGCUUGCGGUGUGACAAUCCGAUCUCGAGUUUCGUAGAGCGAACGAUAUAAUCAACCGUUGGAAGAGGUACAGAAAAAUCGGUGAUCCGUCGGCGUUUCUGGGUGGUGAAAAACACGACGACGACCGUAUCGCAUCUUACCGUCUACAAAUUUGUUGUACUCGUACGCGCUGGUGCACGUGGUGAUUUGCAAAGACAAAACUUACAUAGUACACGUACGCUACCGCUAUAUAAGAGACGAAGCGAGUUGCUCAUCAGUGAUCACACCAAGGUCUUCGAGAUCCUCUAACUAUUUAAACGUACCGCGUCUUUUCGUAGGGACACACAAGUAGCUCGUUCUUUGGAGUUGAACGUCGGAUGAUAUAACCGAUAUCCGUUGAUUGACCGUGCGUUUAUCGAAUAUCAUCACAUCUGGUGCGGGUGCGGUGAUUCGCUGACGAACAAUUUCGAAUAAUAUAUAUAACAACAACACAAUUGUACGCAAAAAAUGUGGUUCUCCGUAAAUUAUGUGGUUUUGUUCACCUUCGUGACGUGCGUUAUGCCGAAACUGACAUCCGCCAACCCCUACGACCGAAUGAUGGUCGAGAUGAACGACAGGACUCUUUUUAUCAGAAGUCUUCCUGGAUUUCCGGGGUACAGGAGCGACCUGUACGAGGUUUACAUGGAACCCUACCUUUUCGCCGUAGGUUUGAAGGCCGUGGUGGAGGUCAAAUCUCUCUCACCUGACGGUACCCCGACCUCUGGACCCCAUGGGGAACUGAUGUUGGAACAGCGUCCCGAAGGUGUUAGAAUCUCCGGAAAAAUUCUGGGAUUGACUCCCGGACUCCACGGUCUCCACGUUCAUGAAAAAGGGGAUUUGAGAAAGGGCUGCGCCUCUGCAGGGCCUCAUUUCAACCCCUACAUGGUCAAUCAUGGAGCGCCAACUGAUCCCCUGAGACACGUUGGCGAUCUGGGAAAUAUUGAAGUAGGUCCGGAUGGAGUGGCAAAUAUCGACGGAAUGGACCAUUAUUUGACUCUGAUCGGGGUUCGCGGUGCCAUAGGAAGAGCUCUCGUUGUUCAUGCUAAACCGGAUGACUUUGGACGUGGAGGAAAUGAAGACAGUUUGAAAACUGGAUCCGCAGGGGAACGUGUAGCUUGCGGUGUAAUCGGAUUUUUGUAGGAUAUGAAAAGAAUAUACAUAUACGAAUGUGAAUUUGGAUCAACAAUAAGUGGAACUGAAUCGAUAAACUGAAUUUGUAUUGCAAUGUUUUUUCUUUUCAAUUCAAACCGUUGUAUGAAUUUAAGAAAAUAAAUUGUAAUAUUCGACGA